AUGGUACCAAGAACUGUCAGAGUGAAGACUUCUCAACAUGUCUUACCAGAUUUACCACCAGUGGAGAAUUUUCCUAUGCGUGAAUGGAGCAUUGAAAUAGUACAAUUGGAUAAAGACGGUAAUGAAAUACCUGCAUCACUUUUCGAAAAAGUAACAUAUCACUUACAUCCAACAUUUAAUAAUCCAAACAGAACAUUCACCGAACUCCCAUUCAAGAUUACAGAACAAGGUUGGGGUGGAUUCCCGUUGAAUAUUAGCUUAUUUUUAAUAGACAAAGGUGGAGAAAGAAAAAUUACUCAUGACCUAAAUUUCUUACAGGAUGCAUAUGAAGUAGACCACGAAAUUCAAGUUCCUCAUACCAAACCUACUUUAGUAGAAGAAUUGGCGAAGAGUGGCCCAAUAGAAGAAGAAAUCGCAGCUAUAUCUAACUCUAAGAGAAAAGCUACGGUUGCGCCAAGUGUCGUUGAACCAAAGACGAAGAGAGUAAAAUUAUCAGUUACACCAAUGGUUAAAGGGGAUAUUGAUAUUGAAAAGCUAGCAUUUGGCCUAACUAAAUUGAAAGAGGAUGACUUAGUAGGUGUAGUACAAAUGAUAACGGAUAACAAAACAGCAGAAAUGAAUAUUACCAAUGACGUCGAAGAAGGUGAAUUCACUAUGGACUUAUUUAGUUUACCUGAUAGUCUCUUGAAGAGUCUAUGGGAAUAUGUAGAGAAGAAUGUAGAAUAG